AAAAGCUGUCAUACUUUUAAACUUUCUCUAAAGCAAAGAAUACACUAUGCAAUUUAAAAUUAUUUGGUUUUUAAUUGCUCUCGAGCAGUGCCAUCGGACGUUUGGAAUUGGGCUUCGGCUUCUUAUCCUUGAGGCGCAUAAUCGAAGAAGGGCGAAAUACGGAAAUCAACCAAUGGUUUUGGACAACAGUCUCAGUGAGGGAUGUUCAAAAUAUGCACAGCAAAUACUUUUAAGUGGAGGUGAAUACAGAGAGUACUAUAUGCCGAGCCAAGAUAAAAACGAAUAUAUUCAAAUCGUCUGUAUUUUUCGGGCUGCCUUCCCUAGGAUUUGUGUUCGAAAAUGGUUUCAUUACCGAGGCUUCGGUAAUAAUGAACAAUAUUACAAAUUCACGGCUAUGAUAUGGAACGCCUCCACUAGACUUGGAGUAGGCCUGUCAAGAAAAAUGGAGACUCGAUAUUUAGUGGUAAGGUAUGCUCCUCCUGGAAAUAUAUUGUCAGAGAUGGAGCUUAAUGUACCAAAACGAAAGAAGAACUUUUGGGAUGAGGAAGAAAUUUGGGAACAUGAAGAUUACCCGAUGCCCACAAGUACUGAACCCAGUGCUGGUCCCAAGAUUUUUCGUAACUGGAUCUUUUUUAUAACUUCCAUUUUGAUAAAUUUGCGGCACGUUCAGUACUAUAUUCCUUCGCACAGACUUUUUGAAAUAAAUACCGUACUCUAAAA